GCAAAACCCUCAGCAGCGCUUACUUCUCCGAAAGCAGCUUGGAUGAGGGAGGGAGAGCAAAAGAAGUCUCGUCUCAAUUGCCAUCUCCGCCAUGAGGGGAAGCGGGCGAUGCAGGGCUUGCUCUCGGGAAAUCCGAGUCAGCAGCGGCGCAUCAAGGAACUGCUGUGCUGCGGUGUCACGGGAGACGCCGGCCCGCUCUUGCUUGCGAGGCGGCGGCGGGAUCGGGCUGCCUACUAUGAGAGCAGUUUGCUCGCUCUGCCACCACGAGAGCAAGGGACGCAGCGCCAUCGACGUGGGGCCUGCUUUCCUCAGCUACUACGAGAAGAUAGUUGCGGCGGCGACCUGCCUCCCAAGGGGCCAGCUAGUAUCGGACGUGCCUGGUUGCUGCAACUCUCUACUACGCCAGGUGCUUGCUUAGAAACAGCUUGGACCAGCCUGCUUGCACUCAGCAAAGCAAGCGGCGCUAUCUCCCUCUACCACGAGAGGUGCUACCUUAAGCAAGCAGGCAGGACCAUCUAAGCAAAACUUGGCGAGGCAGAUGAAUGAUGGCAGGUGCUAGCUUAAGCAAGCAGGACCAUUCAAACGAAUGACAAGGCGAGAGGUGCUAGCUUAAAUCAAGCAGGACCAUUCAAGCAAGCAGGUGAGGCAGGCGAAUAACAAUAAAGCGAGGCG